GAUGAUUCAGUUUGUCUAAAGUUUUAUUGCGCUAAACCGGGAACAGUCAUGAGCUAUCCGAAGCAGUUGCACAUGGGAGAGAAUAUCGAUGAUCUGGAGAAGCUGUACAUGAAGCUUCCGGCCGACAUUAAGGACCGCGAGCUGGACAUCAUUUGCAAGUCGGCACGGAAACUGAUCGAUCAGAGCGAAUGGUACUACAUCAAUCGGGACGAGGAGCUGGCGUACGUUGGAUAUAUGAAGCUUAUGAACCUGGUGCAGGUAAUACGGAAGAAUAAGGACUAUGGACGGAAAAAGGAAACGGUCACCAAGCUGCUGGGUACGCAGAGUGAUUUCAACCGAAUCUUUGACAAGCUGAAGAAACUGAAAACAAGUCUAGAGAGCCGGUACCAGGAGCGAGCCCGCCUAAAAGGAUUGAAAACAUUCACCAAGAAUAUUGAUGCGGAACGGGAAAGUAAGAACGGACCAUCGGGCGGACAGGAUGGAGGAACGAUAAUACCUUCGGCUUCGGUACAAAGACAAACCGUCACGGCUAUGGAACUGCACGGAAUGAUGAACGAUUGUCGAAUCAGUAUGCUGAUAAUGGACUGUCGGCCGGUGAAGGAUUUCGAAGCGUCACACUUGCGGUACUCGUAUCUGGUGAACGUACCGGAGCAUCUGCUGGUGGCCGGUAUGACGGCAGGAAAGAUUAACCACGCGCUACCGCCCGAAUCCCGUACAUUGUGGUCAAACAGAAUGGUGAAGGAUCAGGUGAUACUGAUGGAUUGGAAUACGUCCGGUGUAGCGGUGAAGGAUACGCCGAUUUACAUUUUGAACUACAUCCUGUGUCAUUACGAUCAGGACAUAGAAGAUACGAAAAUUAUUCGCCUAGACGGUGGAUAUGAAAGCUUUGUACUGCAUUAUCCGGCAAGCUGCUUGAAUCCUUCCUACCGUCCCCCGAUGGUUGUAGACGCUAUGGGAGAUAAUAUAGACGACAUUGAGUAUCCGAACAUCAGCGACAUUCCAAUGAAAGAGGAAAGCUUCUCCAAGCCAGGCUUUAAACCGACCAUCGAUCGCAACAGCAAAGUAGCCGCCGUAAGCCUGUACGAGGCACGCAAAAAACCACUGGAAGAUAUUCUAGUCGAGCACGAGCAAAUAUUGGACAAAUCGAAACAGAAUGCGCUGGAAAUUAUUAACACAGAAACGGAAUUGAAGAACCUCGAGAAGCAACAACCCCUCGACCCCGGUGCGGACGAAACGCAGGAAUCCUUGCUGUUCGAAGUGAUGCAGCUGAAAGAUCGUCAGCGUGAUUAUGAAGCUGAAAAAGCACGCAUCCUGGAAGAGGAGGAGAAAUACAAGGAAAUGGAAAAGGAGCAACAAGAGCGGGGUGAACAAAUUUCGACUGAACAAGCGGAACAGCUCGAACGGGAAGCGGCGGAACGCAGAUUGCGUGACAAGGAACGGGAACAGCGCGAGCUGGAGGAGAAAUGCCAACGGUUGGCACGGGAGCGCGAGGAAAAGCUUGCGCUAGCCCGUGAGCUGAAGCGGCACCUUAAGGAGAACGUGCCCGAGACGGUAAAACGGGCCUACCCCGAAGACGACCAGGGUCCGAAUUCGUACGGCAGCAGUAACAAUGUGCCGAGGUUGCCACUAUUUGACCGAUCCGCUAAACCGCUCGCAGACCAUAACCAGAACUUGCGUAUGCGUGAUCUGGACGUGGUGCAGCGCGACUUUGCACCGGUAUACGGAAGCGUGGGACGUGGCCUAACAGGGCUGAAAAAUCUAGGUAAUACAUGCUACAUGAACAGCAUACUGCAGUGCCUCAGCAAUACGUACUUUCUCAAUGAAUUCUUCCACGAUCCAUCGUUUAAGAUGCACCUCAAUCGCAACAACAAAACGCAAGGCAAAAUCGGCGAAGAGGUAGCAGCCGUCAUUAAGGCGCUCUGGACGGGCCAGUACAAGUGCAUUGCCAGCAAAAAUUUGCGGUACGUCGUUGGACAGUACGAGCGACAGUUCGGUGGCAUCGAGCAACAAGAUUCGCACGAGUUUCUCACCAUACUUAUGGAUUGGUUGCACUCCGAUCUGCAGACGAAACAGAUGCAGAUCUCAACCAGCCUCGACCAGAUGCCACCGUCCGAGAAGGCGUGGAUAGAACAUUUCAAGGGCAAGGGCAGCUACAUAUCGGAGCUGUUUUAUGGCCAGAUCAAAAGUACUGUCAAGUGCACUCGAUGCCACAAGGAGAGUGCCACCUACGAGUCGUUCUCGAAUCUCAGCCUGGAGCUGCCACAAGAUUCAAACAUCUGCUACCUGGAGAACUGUCUCGAUAUGUACUUUAACGGUGAGGAAGUACGCGGAUGGCACUGUCCAAAGUGUAAAAGCAAUCAGGAUGCGAUCAAAAAGCUGGACAUCUCCCGGCUACCGUCGAUAUUGGUGGUACACUUCAAGCGCUUCUUUGCCGAUCCGGACACGAUGGCGACCGUUUACCGGAAGAAGCAAACGCUCGUUAAGUUUCCGCUGAGCGAGCUGAACAUGACCCGCUACCUGGCCCGUACCGAGGUGAAUCGUAACAAGCGGCUAACGACCUUCCGGUACCAUCUGUACGGUGUUUCGAACCAUUACGGGUCGAUGGAGAGUGGCCACUAUACGGCAUUCUGUCUGAAUAAUAUUCAUCAAAAAUGGUUCAAAUUUGACGAUUACAACGUGUCGAGCAUUGAUGCUUCGGAUGUGCAAGCGAGUGCGGCGUACAUUCUUUUCUACUCCUGCUUACCCGACCGACCGCAAUCUGAUGUGCGAUAAAAAAGG